UGUAGGACGUGGAGGUGCUGCUGGUAACAAAUUCAAAAUGUCUCUUGGACUUCCUGCUGGUGCUAUUAUGAACUGUGCUGAUAACACCGGAGCUAAGAACCUGUACGUUAUUUCCGUCUACGGCAUCGGAGCUCGUCUGAACAGACUUCCCGCUGCCUCUGCCGGAGACAUGUUCAUUGCUUCCGUGAAGAAGGGAAAGCCCGAGCUUCGUAAGAAGGUCAUGCCCGCCGUGGUCGUGAGACAGCGAAAGGCCUGGAGAAGAAAGAACGGCAUGUUCUUGUACUUCGAAGAUAACGCUGGUGUGAUCGUCAACCCCAAGGGAGAGAUGAAGGGAUCUGGUAUCACCGGACCUGUUGCGAAGGAGGCUGCUGACCUUUGGCCCAAGAUUGCCUCUUCUGCCAGCUCCAUCUGGUAAACCCGGAAUGAGGAGUCAUUUGAAUGAGGUUUU